AUGCCGGCGCCGCGCCCGCCCGUGCGGGCCCGCCCGUAUCUGCGUGCGUGCACAUGUGUGCACACACGCGUGUGUGCCUGCCCCUAUGCGCGUGUGGGCGCCCGCGUACGCACGUGCGGGCGUGUUGUUCUCUGCAGCAAAGCGCUGAGUGACGAGGAGAACGCGAAGCUCUUCGGGAAGUGCAAUAAUCCCCACGGGCACGGGCACAACUACAAAGUUGUAGUCACUGUGCGUGGAGAGAUUGAUCCAGUCUCAGGAAUGGUUUUAAACCUGACAGACCUGAAAGAAUAUAUGCAGGAGGCAAUCAUGGAGCCACUUGACCACAAAAACCUGGAUAAGGAUGUGCCCUACUUCGCUGAGGUUGUGAGCACCACCGAGAACGUUGCAGUGUUCAUCUGGGAAAACCUCAAGAAGCUCCUGCCCAUGGGGACUCUUUAUAAAGUCAAAGUGUAUGAAACGGAUCAGAAUGUUGUCGUGUACAAAGGAGAAGAAACCAUCUCUGAGAAGUGAGCUUAAGCUCAAUUGACCAGAAACCCCACUGCCUAAUCACAUCAGUGAAUUAUUUCAGCCCUGUGCACAUUGUCUCUUACAUGUAGACAUCGAUUAUGCAUUUCGUAAGGACAAGAAUGCUAUUUUACAAGAAUUCUUGCAGCAAUCUGGCAGUAGAGGUUCACAGAAUUUGUUGAUUUCUCUGCUUUUUUUCCAAGACAUUCCUGUUUUGUGCAACCAUCAAGCUGGUGUAAAAACCGUAGUUGUACUACGUUAGAUAAAGCAGCUUUCUGCUUUAUCUGUAGAUAAAUUGUCUGGAAAAGUGUAUAUCUCUUGCAGUCAGAAAAGGCUUUGAUUUUCCUAAUUAAAUAUUGGAUUAACUUAUGGA